AUGCCUGUCGAAGCCGCUCCUGGAACUGUGGGCAACCUGACCCCCGAUCAGGAGGCCAAGCUCCGUGAAUUCUGGAUCCUCCUCUUCAAACUUUUCGGAAUCAAAACUGAGGGCCUUGAGGAGCUCAAUGGCGAUGCCCCGGCGCCUCCUAGCCCAACACAGGACAAGAAGAAACAAUCCAAGCGGAGGUUCACCUUCUGGGGCAAAAGCAACGAGGAGGAGGCGGAUGAUUCCGCCAGCCUGAAGUCCGCCAAUGGUGUCUCUUCCAGCCUCGCUUCCCUCAGCAUCACCGACGGCGACGACAAGUUCGGACAAACCAAGGACUUCCAGAAGGCACUGGUCGACAUGAAACCGGAGGAGAUCCGCACCACUUUCUGGAACAUGGUGAAGCAGGACAACCCGGAUGCGUUGUUGCUGCGCUUCCUGCGCGCGCGCAAGUGGGACGUCAAGAAGGCUUUGAUCAUGCUGAUUUCUACCAUCCGCUGGCGGUUGUUGGAAGUGAACAUUGACGACGAUAUCAUGAGGAACGGCGAACACCUGGCGCUCAAGCAAUCCAAGAGUUCCGACCCCAAGGAGAAGAAGAAGGGUGAGGACUUCUUGAUGCAGAUGCGCAUGGGCAAGAGUUUCCUCCAUGGUGUGGACAAGCACGGCCGGCCCAUUUGCGUCAUCCGCGUCCGCCUGCACCGCGCCGCCGAUCAGAGCACCGAGGCUUUGGAUCGAUUCACAGUAUAUACGAUUGAGUCUGCGCGGAUGAUGUUGGCGCCCCCUGUUGAAACCGCUUGCAUUAUCUUUGACAUGACCGACUUUGCUCUUGCCAACAUGGAUUAUCAUCCUGUCAAGUUCAUGAUCAAGUGCUUCGAAGCCAACUAUCCCGAAAGUCUGGGUGUGUGCUGA